UGUUAUUUGAUCUGAAAUCUGUUUCCUGAAACUAUUAUAAUUAACAAAAUUGUUACGCUUAUUUAAUAUAAUUAUAAUAAUAAUAAUGAAUAUAAUUGAAAGAAAAUGGAUAAUUUCUAUAUUAGGAAUGUAUUCAUGUGGUUUAAUGUAUGCAAUACGUGCUGGUGUUGGUAUUGCAAUGGUUCGUAUGACAAUGAAAAUUGAUAAUAAUAAUAAUGGUACGAAUACGGUUUCGAAUGCACCGAUAUUUGAUUGGAGUGAAACUUUACAGGGUAUAAUAUUAGGCGGUAUAUUUUAUCUAUAUUGGAUUGUACCGACAAUUGUUGGCAAUUAUAUUGAACAAUAUGGUGCAAAAUGGUUUACAUUGAUCGGUGUUAUUGGUCCUUGUAUAUUGACAGCAAUAACACCAUUAAUAGCAACAAUAAAUGUUUAUCUAUUAAUUAUUGUUAUGAUUUUGAUUGGUGCAACACAAGGUUUUAUUUAUCCAUCAUUAUUUCAUCUUUAUGUACAAUGGUUUCCACCGGAACAACGUUCAAAAGCAAAUUCAGGUAUACAAGUUGGACAAUCAAUUGGUGGUACAUUAAUGUAUUUGAUUGGUGGUUCACUUUGUAAAACAUCGAUUGGUUGGCCAUUAAUUUUUUAUUUUGAAGCUGCACUUCAUGUACCAUGGAUAUUUUUAUGGCUUUAUUUUGGUUCCAAUCAUCCAUCAGAUAUUGAUUCCGGUGAUAAUGAACAAAACUUAUCAAAAAAUGUUGAUCAAAAGAAUUCAAAACAAAUUGAAACACCAUGGUUAGCAAUAAUAAAAUCCGGUGCAGUUUGGUCAUCAAUGUUAAGUAAAUUUGCCUGUUCAUAUGGUUUUUAUAUGUUUUUAAGUAAAAUUCCUGCCUAUUUGGAUCAAACAUAUAAUGUUGAUAUAGUUGAAAAUGGUUUUAUUUGUGCCGGUGCAUUCGGUAGUUAUGGCUUAUUAUGUUUUAUAUCACCAUAUUUAUCAAAUUGGAUGAUAGAUCAAUUGAAUAUAUCUAAAUUAAUAAUACGAAGAUUAUUUCAAGCAAUUGCAAUGUUAAUACCAUGUUUAUGUUUAAUAUUAAUAACAUUGAUUAAUCAAAAAACAAUAAUGAUUAUAUUAUUAAUAAUGGCAAUGUUAAGUUAUGGUUUUUUUACCGGUGGUGAAUGGACAAUGAUUUCGGAAUAUGCACCAAAUCUGGUUGGUGUUAUCAGUGGUUUUACACAUAUAUUGGGUUUUAUUGCCGGAUUUUUAUCACCAUAUAUUGUUGGUAUGAUAUUGGAUUCAGAUUUAGGUGAUGAACAAUUUAAAUGGAAUAUUUCAUUCUGGAUUAGUGCUGCAUUAUAUUUAAUUGGUUAUAUAGCAUUUUUUUUCUUAUCCACUGUUGAACAACAAUAUUGGGAUAAAAAAUCUCGACAAAAAAACAACAACAACGAAAAUUGCAACAACAACAAAAAAAUGAUUCAACAAAAAUGGAUCAUAUCAUUAUUGGGAAUAUAUUCUUGUGCAUUAAUGUUUGCACAAAGAGCAGGUUUCAGUGUUGCUAUGGUUCGUAUGACAAGUUCAUCAACAAAAUUGGAUAAUUUAACUGAAUCCGGUAAUGGACCACCUUGUUAUGAUUGGAGUGAAACAUUACAGGGUAUUAUAUUAGGAUCUUCAUUCUAUCUUUAUUGGUUAAUACCAACAAUUGCUGGAAAUUUUACGGAAAAAUAUGGUGGAAAAUGGUUUGCAUUUAUCGGUGUUUUUAUACCAUGUGUAAUGACAAUGUUAAUACCAUGGGCAGCAAAUCAAAAUAUUAUUAUAUUAAUUAUCAUACAGAUAAUUAUCGGUGCAACACAAGCAUUUACAUAUCCGGCAUUAUUUUAUUUAUAUGUACAAUGGUUUCCACCAGAACAACGAUCAAAAGCAAAUUCCGGUAUUCAGAUUGGUGUUUCACUUGGUAGUAGCAUAAUAUAUUUGAUUGGUGGUUAUCUUUGUGAAACAUCUAUUGGUUGGCCAUUAGUAUUUUAUGUUUGUUCAGCAUUUCAUAUACCAUGGUUAAUUCUUUGGCUUUAUUUUGUUGAUAAUAAUCCUGUUGUUGUUAUUAUCGAAAAUAAUGAUGAUGAUGAUAAUAAUGGAAAAAUUAAAAAUUUUCAAAAUUUUGAUGAUAAACAACAAAAAUCCAACGAAAAGAAAAAAAUUCCAACUACACCAUGGUUAAAGAUAAUAACAUCGACAGCUGUUUGGUCAUCGAUUAUAUCAAAAUCGGCUUGUUCAUAUGGUUAUUUUAUGUUUCUUAGUAAAUUACCAUCAUUUUUACAUAGUGUUUAUCAUAUCGAUAUUACCUAUAAUGGUUUUAUUAAUUCAGCAACAGCAUUAGCAUAUGGUAUUACAUGUUUUCUUUCACCAUAUAUUGUCAAUCAAAUGAUUGUUAAACAAUAUUUUAAACGACCAGUAAUCAUACGUAAAUUAUCACAAACAAUUGCAAUGUUAGUACCGGCAAUUUGUUUAAUAUUGAUAACUAUAUUUGAUAAAGAAGAUGAUAAAAUUAUUGUCAUAAUAUUAUUGAUUAUUGCAAUGUUUGGAUAUGGUUUUGUAACCGGUGGUGAAUGGACAAUGGUAUCGGAUUAUGCACCGAAUUUUGUCGGUACUGUAAGCGGUAUUACAUUGAUGUUAGGAUUUAUCAAUGGUAUAUUGGCACCAUAUAUUGUUGGUCUAAUAUUGGAUUCAACAAUUGCAUCGACAAUUAUUCAACGAUGGCAUAUUGCAUUCUUAAUCAGUGCUUUUUAUUAUAUAUUUGCCUUAAUCAUAUUCAUUAUAUUCGGUACUGAUCAACAACAAUAUUGGGAUGUUAUCUAA